CCACCUGAACGACAGGCCUUUAUCAACACCAAUACAAAGACUUCGCUUCUCUAACAAGGGCAAUAAACCGAUUCAAAGGUCACAAUCAGCUACUGCGGUUGUCAAAUCUUUCUCUCAACACCAAACUAUACGCGAUCGCGUUACCUCAAUGUCUACCACCACCAACAACGCCGAACAAGCCGUCUCUUACGCUGCCUUGAUUCUCGCCGACGAAAACAUCACCAUCACGCCCGAAAAGCUGCAAGCACUACUCAAAGCUGCCGGUAUCGAGGACGUCGAGCCCAUCUGGACCACGCUCUUCAGCAACGCUUUCAAGGACAAGAACGUCAAGGACCUCAUCCUCACCGCCACCACGGCUACACCAGCCGGUCGCGGUACCACCUCUGAUAUCAAGGACGAUGAAAAUGCAACCGGAGAGGAUGGAAACGACGAGAAGGACGGAGAGGAGGGUAUCGAUAUCGACGCGGACUCGGAUGAUGGGUCUGCAUUUGGGGAUUUGUUCGGCUAGGCAGCCAGCGGUAACGGGCAGGAGACUAUGGGAGGAGGGAGAGGAGCAACAUCGUCUUUCAGAGCGAACUGGGAGAAAUGCGAGAGUUUUGAGAUGCUACGUUAGUUGCGCAACAAACAAGAGGACCUUUCUCUCGCAAAACUUGCUACCUGCCUGAUGUGCAUGACUGAUCGUGUCGCGCGCAACAUACGACCACGUUCGGCUUGAUCUGUGAUCUUUAAAAUGAGCUGAACGCAACCUGCUGACACUCUAAUGGCUUAACACCGCGACCUGCAUGCAAGCUUCGGUCCGGUCUUGAAGCACUACGACUGUAAGGGUGUAGAGUAAUCAUGUCGUAUCCAAAGAUCUGCGAGCGUGGCGCUUUACUUGGCCAACAUAGCUGAGUAUUGUGAAGAGACUUGCUAAGCUUCGAGUCCGAGGGUGAAGAUGCUCGAAGUCGGCAGUGCGCUCAGGCCUGUUG